AAAUCUCCUUUAGGUGGCAGAGUGAUGUAUUGUGAGUAAAUAAAAAAAUGCGAACGUGACGUCAAGCUACUGACAGAUGUAAACAAGCAAUCGAUAUAUUUUGGUACAAGUACUGUAACAUUUGAUAACAUUAGUUACAUGCGUAACCAUGAAGAGGGUAUUUGUUACUGUAGGAACAACGAGCUUUGAUUACCUAUUUGAACGUGUUACUUCCCCUGAAGCUGUUCAAGUGUUGAAAGCCCGCGGCUAUCAACAUUUGGUCCUGCAGGUUGGACGAAGCUCCAUCUUCCCAGAUUCAGACAGCUGUCACAAGCUCACGUUAGAGGCCUUUAAAUUCAAAGAUUCCACCGCUGAAGAUGUCAAAUGUGCCGACCUGGAUAUCAGCCAUGCUGUUGUGUACAAUGUCCGAAGAAAUAAAAAAGCUAAACUACCAAGCCAUUUUGCUGGUCUUUUCAUGUUGAUAAUUUAUAAUAAUGAAAUGCCUCUUCUUGUAUUCUCAGGGGAAGGUAGUUGUCUGGAGACCGUUGGUGCAGGCAAGCCACUAUUAGUGGUGUUCAAUGACAAACUUAUGGACAUUCACCAGCUAGAGCUGGCCAGACAGCUACACCAAGACCUACUGUACUUCACUGCAAGCAAUCUCACUGAGACCUUGAGGACGAUGGACCUUUAGGUUCUCUCACCCUUGUUACCUAGACAACCAAAUCAUUUUGCCAAUUUCCUGGACAAGACCCUUGGUGUUCAAUGAUUCCAGCGCAGGGAAAUAUCUGAGGUCGACUCUGUGUUCUUUUAUGGUCUCUGGAGAUGUUUGCACUCUGAAACUCUCCUCAUCUUUGAGAUGAACUGGCGGUGGGGUUGGACAGAGGGAAGCCUGGGCCCCAUGUGCCUGGCUUCUAGGUUCUCCUAUCAGCAUGCAGAGCAAACGGCAGAAUGCGACGUCAGUCUAUGCAAGACUUUAAGAUUAAGAGUUUGUUGAAAGGUCUGGCCAUGUUCUAUUUCAUCUAGUUGAAGACAGGAUGAUUAGGCAUUAGAUGCUGACUUUUUAAUGGUGGAAGGGGUAUGUUUUCAACUUGAAAUGAUAGGAAAGACACUCUCGGAUGUAGAUACAGUGUAUUGUAACUCUCAUUUCUAUGAUUUGUUAUGAACAGAACAACUUAAAAAUAUGUAUAAUUUGAUGUGCUGUUUGGUGUGCUGUUCAUAUAUGCUGUUGUCUCGAUUAUACUGUUGUUGUUGUCUGAAGUGUAGUUAAGCUUCUCCUUCACUCCUUGUGACACUGGUCAGCACACUGUAAUAAGGCUGGCAUAGACAGCAGUGGGGUUGCACUCUGACAUGAAAACAAACACCACAUCCUGUUCAGAUGGAGAUUAGCACAGAUGGAGAAAGCAGCCUCCAAAAUUAUAGGAUCAAAGUUGUGAAGCCAACAAGAGAAGAGAGCACUCCUGUGAAAUCACAAUUCAUAUUAUGACUUCAUAACCAUGUUUCCAAUGAUUCCAAUCCAUGGAAUGUUUCUCAAAAAGCUUUCUUACUUUAGGCUUCUCAUUAUCGCAAGUAACUCUGGUUCCUCAGCU